UUGGUCUGAGCGCUAUCCGCCGCUGGCCACGUCAACAGGAACCAAACUUCAUAAUACGAUGCGAUUCACGGGACGAUUAGAGGACUGACAGUCAUACACCGUGUGUUGUCGCCGCUGUGCUUCUGCUCCGUCGUUAACGAAACCGCUUUUUUGAAACAGCUUUCCAGCUUCAUACAGUAAAAGUCAUGUCCAGUACAAGAGGACUUUGGACAAGGCACCAUGUGGUGGUGUUCAUUGCCCUGUUUGUAAUGUUGAUCAUGGAUGUCCAAACACGGCCCGCAAACCUGACAGUCCACAGAAACAAACAUGUCAACGGUAAGGAAGACAACGAGAUCCUUCCUCCUGACCACCUAAACGGUGUCAAAAUGGAAAUGGACGGCCACCUGAACAAGGAUUUUCAUCAAGAAGUGUUUCUCGGAAAGGAGAUGGAGGAGUUUGAUGAAGACUCUGAGCCCAGGAAGAACCGCAAGAAAUUAAUUGAAAUUUUUAGCAAGGUUGAUUUAAAUAAGGACAGAAGCGUUAGCGCUAAAGAGCUUCAACACUGGAUCAUGGAGAAGACGAAAGAGCAUUUCCAAGAGGCAGUGAAUGAGAACAAACUUAAUUUCCGUGCUGUAGAUCCAGAUGGCAAUGGACAUGUGACAUGGGAUGAGUACCGGGUGAAGUUCUUGGCCAGCAAAGGCUUCAACGAGAAAGAGGUGGCUGAGAAGAUAAAAAAUAAUGAAGAGCUUAAACUGGAUGAGGAGACCCAGGAGAUACUGGAAAGUCUGAAGGAUCGUUGGUUUCAGGCUGAUAACCCUCCAGCUGAUCAGCUGCUGAACGAGGAGGAGUUUCUCUCCUUCCUUCAUCCAGAGCACAGCAGGGGGAUGCUCAAAUACAUGGUCAAGGAGAUCAUCAGAGACCUGGAUCAAGACGGAGACAAAGAAUUGACCCUGUCCGAGUUCAUCUCUCUGCCCAUGGGCACAGUGGAGAACCAGCAGGCCCAGGAGAUUGAUGAUGACUGGGUACGUGAGAGGAAGAAGGAGUUUGAGGAAGUAAUCGACGCCAACCACAACGGCAUUGUCACCAUGGAAGAGCUUGAGGAAUACAUGGACCCCAUGAAUGAAUACAAUGCUCUUAAUGAGGCCAAGCAGAUGAUAGCUGUUGCUGAUGAGAACCAGAACCACAACCUAGAAGUGGAGGAGAUCCUAAAAUACAGCGAGUACUUUACCGGCAGCAAGUUCAUGGACUAUGCCCGCAACGUACAUGAGGAGUUCUAGGAUGUUACCUGUGAUGCUUAAAAACAGAAAAAACUACUUCUCCCCUUAAGCUAAACAUGCAGACAUGUACUACACACAUCCCUUAAGAUUGCUUAUGGGUUUGCCUCCUAGGGAUCUGAUUAGCUUAUUGGAGAGUGUGUGUUUUUGUAAGCGCUUGAAGCAGCAUUCAGAAUGUUCAUGUCUCAUUGUAAAGUAUUCAGAAUUUUCUGAUGUUCCUCUUUAAUUUUUCUCAUAGAGCAUCAGAAUCCGCCAUUCGAGCCGCUCUUGCUGCUGAAGUGUUGAUAAUGAGGUUAAUAUUUUAUAUGAAAAGAUUUUUUUGGGGGGGGGAAAUCAUUGCUUACAGGUAUACAUGUCUUUU